UCCGCACUAACUUGAUGCGCGUACCAACCGAUUUAACGGUGUAAACUAAAUCAUUGUAUAAAGUAUAAAGGUCCGGAAAAUCAUCGUGUGUAUUGAGAUAGUAAUUAAGACUAUUUGAAUAAUUAAAAAUCGACAAUACGGGCCCAAGAUAACAUAUCCUAUGGACGUUCAAAUAUUGGCCAUUGAUGAAUGUCUGAAAUCGGACAUACGAUGGACGUCCACUUCAUGUCCAUGGACGUGUGGACUUAAAAUAGACACAAAAUAAACGUCCAUAAGAUAUCCUGUGCUGUCUGGGCAGAAUAUUCCGAUAUAUGUUAAUACAUUCAUGCGGAGAGACACGUGCACGCAUACACAUACGAAAACAUGCAGUGUAUAUACAACAAAGAACUUUACGGACACCGAAGUACAUCGCGCGUCGCAUUCGCUUAUCUACAGCACCUAAUUUUUGCCAAUGAAGAAAAACAAAACUUCGGGUGCAUCCGACAAGUGCGCCCGCGGGCCGUUUUAUCGCGCAUUCGUCAACGAGUUACCGCAUAGGGAGUGUGUAUGUGUAUGUUUAGUCCGUUUUUAACGAACAUCGCGGGAGAUAACUAUGGAUCGAACUAUGCCAGAAUGGAGACGUUAUUUGCUCGUGCAACCGCCCGCGGUAUUGCUGAAAUUCGCCACAGCGAUGACAGGUGAUAAAUCAGUCUUUAGUUUUUUUUUUAAUACAGCGACUUUACAUAGUAUACACGCGCUUUUCUUUGCAGAUACUAUUCUGAUAGAUCUGAUAGUGUAUCGUACGUGCACCGUGACGCUGAAACUAAACGAAACGGAGUGUCUCAUACUCCAUAACAAUAACAGCAGCAAGGAAGCGCUCAGAAUCGAUUCCAUGGUCCAGCCGUACGCGAGCCAGAUCGUGAUGGGUACAUCCUUUAUGAAUAGCAUUUUCCCAUCGCUCUUAAUGCUAUUUCUAGGACCGUGGAGCGACAAGUACGGAAGGAAACCCGUUAUGCUUUCAGGAUGUAUAAGUACAUCUUUAACUUUUGUUCUGCUCUCUGUAAUAGCUAAUUGGGACAAGGUGCCUUGGUAUAUUCUGUUAGCCUAUGUCCCCAUUGUUUUUUUCGGUGGCGUAAACAUAUCGAUGCUCGCCACGACAUGUUACAUCACUGAUAUGACGGACGAUAACGAGCGGGCAUGGUACUUUGCCUGCUUGGACGCAGUGAUCUUCCUCGGCGCGUUGAUCGGAUUGCUCGUCGGUCCGGUGAUAUUCGAGGCAUGCGGUUACACCGGUGUGUUCAGCGUCGCGACCGCGUUCUGCAUUCUGGCGACGUUAUACACGUUAUUCUUUACUCCGGAAACUGUACACAAUGAAUCUUCCGACAUCCGUAAAGUAUUUGACUUUGCGUUAGUAAAAGAUCUUAUUAGCGCAUGUAUCAAAAAGAGAGAUGGAUUCAAUAGGUCGUUACUUUGGAGCUGCAUAGCUUGCCUCACAAUUAUCUUCAUUGCCGAUCAGGGCUAUCUCGCUAUCGGAUAUCUGUUCGCGAGCGCGCGACUCGGCUGGACCGUGGAAAAAUAUAACGCCUUCUUGGCUGCUGGCGUUGUGAUAAGAGUGUUCGGAACGAUAUUCGGUAUUAAAUUAAUGCGGGAAUGUGCAGGAUUCCCAGAAACGAUAAUUGCCAUGAUAUCUAUUACAUCGGCCGUCGCUCGUACAUUGACACGUGCCUUUACAUGGCAGCCUUGGCACAUGUAUUUAUCAAUGCUUUUAGGAAUAUUUAUCAACAUAUCUCGACCAAUGAUUCGUGUCAUAUUGACCAAGGCGGUACCUAUACAAGACACAGGAAAGGUUUUCUCCGUGGCUAGGUCCAUGGAGACACUGUUACCAUUCGCAGCAGCCUCCAUGUAUACAUUUCUUUACUCCCACUACAUGCCACCUAUAUAUCCUCUACCAGUGUGGUUCUUAUCAGCAGCAUUCGAAGUCAUAACUAUUGUGAUACUGAUAUAUAUUCAGAGUCGAGCGAUAAAAAGAACCACAGUAUCUUUUACCCCAUUAAAUGAAGAUGAUACAUUAAGAUCUUAGUGAGAAAAAACAAAUACAAAAGAUAUCCACGAGAUACAAAAUAUAGUGAUCAACUAAAAGUAAAGAUAAUUUUUUUUAUUCGGGUUUCUAGUAAUAUAUAAAAUUUUUCUAAUA